GGGGCGGGGCCCAGUUUUUAAACCUCCGUGCGGGCCGUCUCCGCUGCCAGUGCGCCGCCGCCGCCCGGCUCAGCGCCGCCCGCUCGGCUGCUGUCCCGGAGCCUCUGGGAGGUUGACAAGGUCCGGACCAUGGCGCUGCUCCUUGUCCUGCCGUUUCUAGCCGGCGCUGCCCUUUCUGUGCUCCCGGCUACCGCCGCUGGAUCACACAGUCUUCAUUACAACCUCACAGUGCUGUCCCGGGAUGGAUCUGUGCAGUCCAGCUUUUUCGCUGGGGGACACUUGGAUGGCCAGGCCUUCCUGCACUGUGACCGUGAGACAGGCAGGGUAGAGCCCCGGGGACUGUGGGCAGAAGAGCUGGGAGCUGAGACGUGGGACACAGAGUCCAAGGACUUGACAGAGACCUGGAAGGACCUCAGAAAGCUUCUAGCAGAAAUCCUGUCCCUGCAGGAGGAGAAAGGAGGUGUGAAUUCCCUCCAGGAGAUGGUGGGCUGUGAAAUCCAAGAAGACAACCACGCCUGGGGCUUCAGGUUUCUCUGCUAUGAUGGGGAGCUCCUCCUCUCCUGUCACCCAGAGACCCAGGGUUGUACAGUGCCCUAGUCCUUGGCUCGGAACUGGGCCAUGGAAAUGGAGAAGUCCGGGGACACAGAUAGCUUUCAAAGCAAGUAUUACUGGGCCCACGUGCAGGGAGAGCUUUGUGGAAGACUGCGGGGCUAUCUGGAAUCCUGGACAGGCUUCAGGGAGAGAACAGGGCCCCCAGCCGUGAACAUGACCCGCAGCCAGGACUCGGAGGGCACAGUCAACCUCACAUGCUGGGCUUUCGGCUUCUUUCCCCGGAAUAUCUCAGCGGCCUGGUUUUGGGAUGAGGAACCCAUGAGGCGGGACGCCUAGCAGUAGGGUGUCCUGCCUGAUGGGAACGGCACCUACCGCUCCUGGGUGACCAAAAGUGUUCCCCAAGGAGAGGAGCAGCGGGUCCAGCGCCAUGUGGAACACAGCGGGAAUCACAGUGCACACCCUGCGCCCUCUGGAGAGACCCUGGUGCAUCAGAGUCAGUGGCAGACCAUCCUGGGUGUUGCUGCCUUUGCUGUUGUUUUUAUCAUCAGGCUUUGUGUCCUUUGCUACUCGAAGAAGAAGAAGACAGCAUCAGCUGUGGGGAGCCCAAGUGAGAAAUCUGGGCAGGGGGUGGGGAUGGGAGGGGCUCUGCCUGGGAUGUAGGGUCCCCCUCGUGUCCCUCUGCACAGAUGUAAAAGGAUGAGAAACCUCUGUUUCAGGAGCUGGAUUUUGGGUUAUUUGUGAGGGGAAUGGGAGCCACGUCUGCUGUAAACCCUUGGUCCUGCCCAAAGCCAGGGCUGGACUGGGGCCCUUUAGUAUCCAGCGGGGCCUCUCUUUGCUCUGGGUGAGACUGGGUGGCAGUCAGGGUUGCGGCUCUCUGCUCUGUUCUCAUCUCUUUUUGUCCACUCUCGGCUUGUCAGGCCUCAUCUAGGGGGGAUGUGUGGGAUCAUAUACUGGUUGGGAGGGUCUAGGUCAUCAUGAAUUGAUUCAGAGGGAACCUGAAAUAAAGUGUCUGUGACCUCGUGGCGUGGAGUUAAAAACUGAGGAGGAAUUUAGAUGGAAGGCAAUGGCUCUUAUCUCUUCCUGAAUUUCUCUUCCCCAAUUUUUUAGCCCUUGUUAAAAAUCCAAGUAAAAGAACCACAAGGCUCAAACUAGGGGUCAGUGGAUGGUGCUGGAGCCCUGGCCAUGAUGUCCCCUUGGGAGGUCCCACUUAGAAAGAGAUGUUUUGCAUCUCUGGGAACACACAAUUAAGUGUCUAUGACCUGGUGGGGAGGCGUUAAAAACUGGAGAGGAAUUCAGAUGAAAGUCCUGAAAUCUGGAGAGCCUGAGGAGGGGGUAUCCUUGAGAGAAUACAAGUGUUUCCUACCCAAUUAACUCAUCUUUUUUUUUGUUUAAUUUAAUUUAUUUAUUUUUGGCUGCAUUGGGUUUUCGUUGCGGUGCGCAGUCUUCUCACUGCGGUGACUUCUCUUGUUGCAGGGCCCGGGCUCUAAGCCCACGGACUUCAGUAGUUGUGGCCCGCAGGGUCUAGAGCGCAGGCUCAGUAGUUGUGGUGCACGGGAUUAGUUGCCCCGCGGCCUGUGGGAUCUUCCUAGACCAGGGAUUGAACCCGUGUCCCCUGCAUUGGCAGGUGGAUUCUCAACCACUGUGACACCAGGGAAGCCCCUUAUUUUUAUUUUUUUGAAUUUUAUAUUUUAUACAGCAGGUUCUUAUUAGUUAUCUAUUUUAUGCAUAUUAGUGUAUACAUGUCAAUCCCAAUCUCCCAGUUCAUCCCACCACCAUCCCUCCGCCCCCCACCACUUUCCCCCCUUGGUGUCCAUACCUUUUGUUCUCUACAUCUCUGUUUCUAUUUCUGCCCUGAAAACUGUUUCAUCUGUACCAU